UCCACGCCAACUGAUAGUUAGAUCUUCACCCGGAAACCCAUUAAUAUCCUAAAAUUAUAAGUUGGGCCCCAUAUUUAUUUCAAUUCAAUCCUUUAUCGUGCCUUCGAUCCCCUCGGUUCUCACGGUAGAGCGGUAGGGUGAAAGAUGAGGGAAGAGGUUAUAAGUUCGGGAACGGUGGAGGCGGUGGCGCUUGCCAGGUCUUCAUCUCCCCCGACGCCGGCCGCCAAUUCUGCUGCUGCAUCUUCUCAUGUUGCACCCAUAAAUACUGGAAGCACAGAUUGGUUAGGUAGUAGUGUACAAGGCUCCAAAGGAGGUUCACUGUCAUCGGCUGCUGCACACGUCCCUUGGACUUCCUUGAGCAACAAUUUUGGUAAUUCUGCACCUGGAUCUCCUGAAAUAUUAUGUAGACCAUGGGAAAGGGGGGAUUUACUACGAAGGCUUGCUACAUUUGAGCCUUCAAAUUGGUUUGCAAAACCCAAGGGCGCAAGUUCUCUUUCCUGUGCUCGAAGGGGUUGGGUUAACGUUGGCCAUGGCAAAAUCGAAUGUGAAGUAUGUGGCUCAUGCCUGACAUUCACAAAAUCAGCCUCGCAGACACAUGAUGGAGUUGAUCAUGCUGUACAAGCCUUUGCUGAGAAGCUUGAUUCUGGCCACAAAGUCACAUGUCCUUGGAAAGGAAAUUGCUGUGCUGACAGUCUGGUGCAGUUUCCUCCAACUCCUGCAUCAGCGCUUAUUGGGAGUUUCAAGGACCGCUGUGAUGAACUUUUGCAAUUUCCCUGUCUGCCUGUAAUAGCUUCUUCUGCAAUUGAGUUCAUGAAACUGUCAAGAUGUGCACAGAUCGAGCGCAUCCUAUCACAGUCUUUAUUUUCAUCUGGAGAGAUAGGAUUUAAAACCAAUACCAUGCCUAUACAUGAAAUAUCUCGAGAGGAUCCCUUCUUUCAUCAUACUCAGGCCCAGAAGCUUAUCAGCCUUUGCGGUUGGGAGCCUAGAUGGCUUCCAAAUGUGCAAGAUUUUGAAGAGUAUUCUGCUCAGUCUGCUAGAAAUGCAUGCUCAUUUGGUCCUAAUGAAGAUAGAUAUCCCUAUACACGAUUUCCUGAACUUUCGAAACACGCACUUUCUGCAUCAGCUGAACAGAAACGAGGAAAGGAAAAGCUAGUUGAAGAAUCAUGGUGCGAUAUGAGAUAUCCUUUAUUAGAUUGUAGCUUAUGUGGAGCCACCGUCAGAGUUAUGGACUUCCUAACAAUUCUCCGGCAGGCUCGUCCUGACCCAAAUAACAUUAUUAAUUUAGAUAAUUGCAAAAAAUUAGGCCCAAUACAUGGAACCAGUGCUGCUAGUGGAAUUAAUGGGGGCCUUGGUGUAGGUGAAAUGGACAAGGAAGAAAUGGAAGACCACGACGAAGCUGCUACUACUGAUGAGAAGAAGUUAGCUUCAAAUGUUGUUGUGAAUUUGAAUCUUAAAAUUGCUAAAGGGUUCCCGUCUACCUUGCCUGCAGAGGGUGAUCCUUUAGAUGAUAGCCGUAUGGGUAGAGAUCUUACAAUUGGUCAGCCUGCAGAAAGUGAGGUUGGUGAUCGUGCGGCUUCAUUCGAGUCAAGGGGUCCAAGCAGUAGGAAGCGUAGCUUAGAGGAUGGAGGGAGCACAGUUGAUAGGCCACAAGAUAAGAUACAGCAGGCUGACAGUAUCGAAGGAACUGUUGUUAACCGUGAUGAUGAUGAAGUUGAUGGAGGUACACAUGAAUCUGAUGGUCCAUCUAAACGUGCUCGUAGCCUUGAAGACUUCAAUUCACAGGAUUUAUCACACAAGAUGGACAUUUCAGGUGCUGGACCCAGUCAUGGUUAUCUUGGUUUAACAAUAAGUCGACUGAAUUCCUUCAAAGAUGGAAGUGACCUAGCUCUUGGUUAUCCAGACACUAGAAAUUCCACUCAUGCAUCAUCUGUUGUUGCAAUGGAUACCAUCUGUCAUAGUGAUGAUGAAGACUCUAUGGAAAGUGUUGAAAAUUGUCCUGGAGAUGUUGAUUACAUUAAUUUUAAUUACACAAAUGGUGCAUCAGAAUUUGACAAUAGUAAUCUUGCCCAACAGAGCACCUGCAUACCUCAUGGUGCUGUAAGUGUUGCCAGAGAAAUGAGAGGAAGCAGUACGAUAGAAGGAGAAGAAGUACUGAAUGCAGAAACUUUCACUGCAAGUGCUCGGGAUAUAUUUAGUUUAGGGAUCAGUGGAGGUAGUGUUGGUGUGGGUACUAGUCAUGAAGCUGAAAUUCAUGGGAUUGCUACUUCUCUGCCCCGAACUUAUAGUGCUGUUGGUGAGGUAGGGAUGAUAGCAGAAGUAACUGAAAACAUGGGCCAAAGUUGUGAAUCUGCUCCAGGACCUGGAUUAAUGGAUGAGUUUGUUCCUGAUGAUGUUCUUAGGGAGGAUCCUCACAGUGAUAUGCAAGAUAUGAUGUCUAGAUCUUUAGGAAAGGCUGAUAGUGGUUCAAAGGUUUAUGGUUCCAUUAAAGCUGACUCCAUUGAAAGUGGAGAGAAGAUGAGUCAUACAUUGGGUCAUGAAAGCAGUGUCCAUCCUUCGCUCUCUUGCAAUGCAAUGAUAUGUUCUGUUGAUGAAAUAUCCAGGGGGGAGGUGAUGCAGACUGGAAAAGAAACAAUUACUUGUGAUGGUGCUCUGGUUUCUGAUAAUGUCAUUGGCGUUAGUUCAGAACCUCAAAAUGAUGAGAAUAACUACAGGCGAGAAGCUGGAGAAUUUGAUCCCAUCAAAUACCACAAUAUCUAUUGCCCGUGGGUGAAUGGAAAUGUUGCAGCGGCUGGUUUUAGUGCUGAUAGUGCCACCGACUCAAGUGGUACUGCAGCCCUUAGUGGUUGGCAACUCACAUUAGACGCCCUUGAUGCAUUCCAGUCUCUUGGUCACAUUCCUAAUCAGAUGAUGCAAUCUGAAUCUGCAGCCUCUUUAUAUAAGGAUGAACAUUUAACUCCUGGCCAGAAAAUUUUGACCCGGCAAUCCGCAAGUAAAAGCAGGAGGAAGCGUUUUGAUUGAAUCUGUGUAAUAGUACGUCGCAGCUUUUACCUAUGUGUUUUUCUUGGCAACAUGACAUAUGUAUUGUCUAAUUAACUUGUGGACAUUACUAAAGCAGAGUGGUUGGGGGUCUGAAAGUAUUGUGUCCCUUAGGUGAACCGUGUUAAUGUCAGUGAUAUUCAUUCAUAAAAUUCCAGUGUGUUAUUUCA